CACAAUUCAAAUUCAAGCGGCGGCUGUUAUUGUAUCUGGCGUGAUUAUGACCGAAGUCACGGGGUCUGGGCAAGUUGCUCUUGUUGCCGACAGGGUUGCGGCGAAUUGCAUGAAGUUGAAAGGCUGCGGGUCAGGCGCCACGUUGAUCGCCGUCAACUCGACGGUCAACAUCACGGGGGAUGCCAAGGUCGAGGUGACUGCGUCGGGUGGGGUGAACGUCGUUUCGGACUCGUUUAGCGCCAGCAGACUACACAGCCAGGUCACGGGCUCCGGUUCCGUUGAAAUCCACACGCACAGCAGGUUUGGUGCCGCCACGAUCGAGUCCCAAGUCACUGGGUCCGGGCACAUCCAAGUUGUGGGCCAAGGAUCCACUGAGCGCCACGACGUGAGCAUCACGGGUUCGGGCACGGUGAACUCGACAAUGUGUGCGAGUGCCUGCGACGUCAAGAUCAUGGGCAGCGGAUACGCAAACUUUAGCGAUUUGAAUCAGGUGGCUGCGAAAGUGAUCGGGUCUGGGAGGGUACAACAGCUUACACUCGUCCGCUUGCGGCCACCAUACGAGGUCGUCGCCAUGCCAGCGCCAACCCCUACGGCCAUGCCCGAAUCGGCUCGAAAUUGGCUCAAGAAAGCCAUCUUUGGUUAACAUAAUGCCACAUCUCUUGUUUGCC